ACUAAACCUUUAAUGCCUCGUGGUGGUUGUUUGGACAUGUGACGUGAACCUACACACCGCAGGGAUCCAGUGAUUUGCCGAACAGAGGAUACAUCGCAGGUGGAUGAAAGAAUAAAACCAAGUGAAAAGAUGGCAAAGGCUUUGAGGAAAGUACCAGUGUGGGAGUAUUUUGUUGAAGUGUCACCAGGAAAGGCACAGUGUAAUAUCUGUGACAAAAUAAUCAGCAUGGGCUCAGCUACAUCUUCAGGUAAAAAUACCACCAACCUGUGGAGUCACCUUAAGCAUGUCCAUCCAGAAGCCAGUGAAGAAGCUAAAAAGAAAAAAGACACAAAAGACCCUUCUCAACCCUCAGUAUCCCAACUUUUUGACAAAAAAACAGAAUGGAAGAAUACAGAUCCAAGGUCUGUCAGGAUUGAUGCAGCUGUCACAGAAAUGAUUGCUGUUGACAACCAACCAUUUUCAGUGGUGUCAGACAUCGGAUUUAAAAGGCUUGUGACCCUUAUGGAACCAAGGUACAGGAUUAAAGAUGAAAAAUUCUACAGAACAAAAAUGCUGGAUGAAACGUAUUCCAGAGUUUUGACCAAAGUAAAAAGUCUAGUGAAACAGGACAAAGCCCCUUUCAUGGCCUUUACAACUGAUUGCUGGUCUGGUACCACCGAAUCCCUGAUGAGCCUAACUGGCCAUUUCAUUUCUGAAGACUGGUCCAGAAUGCAAGUGAUGCUCAAUGUCAAGCCAAUGACUGGAUCACACACAGGCAGUUAUAUCCAAGAAACAUUCCUCAAAAUGUUAGAAGAUUGGGAUAUUGCACCAGAGCGUGUAGUUCUUGUCCUAAGAGAUGGAGGAGCAAACAUGGUAAAAGGAAUGACUCUAGCUGAACUACCUCAUGUAAGCUGCACUGCUCACACCCUUCAGCUCAUUAUCAAUGAUGGUCUAUCUAGUCAGAGAGCUGUCCUGGAUAUUAUUGGUAUUUUGAAAAACUGUGCAACUCACUUUGGGCACUCUGUACUGGCCAAACAGAGGCUAAAGACCAUUCAGGAGGAGCUGGGCCUUCCAGUGCACACCAUCAUCCAGGCAGUUCAAACUCGGUGGAACUCAACACUUCACAUGCUGCAGAGAAUGUACGAACAGAGACGGGCACUGAACGUUUAUGCUGGUGAACACGGCCAUAUCUCCUGCUUAUCUGCUUCACAGUGGGACAUUGUCUGUAACUUGAUUGACACGCUGACUCCUUUAGAAGAGAUCACAUUGGAGAUGAGCCAUUCUGAGUCAUCAGCAGCAUGCAUUAUCCCCAGUGUAUCUGUUUUAAAGCUGAUGCUGCAAGCAGAGGGUCCAUACACGGGGGGGAUUAAAACAUUACGCAAGACAAUGCUAGACAGCCUGUCAAAGCGAUUCUCUAAGGCAGAGGAAACAAAAUGUUUGGUCCUAGCAACUCUCCUUGAUCCUCGAUACAAGGGCCAUGCCUUUGCCUCAGAAAUAACACUGCAAAAUGCAAAACUGUGGCUACAGCAGGAAGCUGAAGAGCAUGGUGCACCCAGAGAAGAACGUCCGAGCUCUACUGCAGAAACACCUGAAGGGGAUGAGGGUUCAGAAUCAGAUCCUGAGGCAAAGAAGCAGAAAAUGCAUCAGUCCACCUUACUGGACACACUGUAUGCCAAGGUCCUUGGAGCCACAGCUAUUUCUAAGGGGCUGUACAGCUUUGAAAGUGAGCUUGAAUGCUAUUUGUUGGAGCCUGUCAUUGAACGUGGUGACAAUCCUCUGCAGUGGUGGCAGAAAAAUGAAGUGCGGUUUAAAACACUUGCACCAAUGGCCAAGAAAUUCCUGUGCCCCCCACCAUCCACUGUGCCAAGUGAAAGAGUGUUCAGUGAGGUGGGCAUAAUUUAUGACUCCAGGAGAAGCCGACUGACUGGACAUCAUGCUCAGCAACUGUGCUUUUUGCACUAUAAUUUAAAAAGUCUGAAGUUUGAGUAUUAA